CUUCUCCUUCCGAUUAAUCUAAUUUCUGGAAAAUGUUUCCAGAUUUCACUCAUUCUAGGGUUUUAAAAUUUCUCUAUUUAUUUUCUCAUUUCUUUCGUUCGAGAGAGAAAGAGGCACCCGACACAUGUAUACUUUGCAUGAGAUAGAUGGAGUAAUUAAGAAAAAAAAAGGAGUUUUUGAAUUGCAGUUUCACUUCUGAGUUUAUCUCCUUUACCUUUGUUUCACAAACUCAAGCUCACUGUUACAUUGAAUGGUCCAAACUAUAAAAGGUUAGUCAAAGUUAUGCAGAUUGCACUUGAAUCCAUGGGAUGAUAUUGGGUUUUAUUGAUGGUUUAAUGGCGAUAAACCAAAGUGUGGAGUUGAUGAGCUCAGAAAUUGGGGAAUUGUAGUUUCUGUCUUGGUUUGGUUAAUAUAUAUUUGUGAUCUAAGGUCUUUUGUAGAUGUGUGCAAUCAACAUGGAUAAUCAGCCACAAUUAGUAGAAGCAGGUUGGAACUUAUAUGGUUUAACGGAUACGGAUGAUCAGUAUGAUCGUUUAUCUCCGAUUGUUGCAUGUCGUGAAAGAUGAUUGUUGGUGGCUGAUUAUCCCUGUUGAUUGCCUCAUAAUCACUAUCAACAAUGAUUAUCGUCUACCAAAUGAAAAUUAGUAGGAAAGUUUAACUAUUAUAGUAUUAAAUUUUAGUUGGGGCUUGAUUGGGUUACAUGAAUAUUAGAUUAGUCAUGUGAGUGGAUAUAGAGUAAUAGUUGAAUACUUGAAUGAUCAAAUGGAAUAGCGAAAACACUUUAGCUAAACAGAUUUCUGUAUAUUAAUAAAGUUUUUCGUAUGUCUCUAGUUAUUCAUUUAACACAUCCAUAGGAUAUGGAAUCACGUUUUAAAAACAUGAAUAGUUGAAUAUGGAAUCACGCUUCAUGUGUUUUCUCUUAUUUCUAUUGGUCGAAGUUGUAUGUAGUUGAAUAGUUGAUGACUUGUAUCACAAAUGUUUAUAUUUUUCUCAGAUGACCAAAACUAGAACACAGAAAACAUUGUGGCUUUUGGAAUUUGACUUCAAACAUCGAUACACAACAUAUAUAAAACCGCAUAUAUACACAACAUAAACCUCUCCAUUUUCUUCAUAUGUCUUUACUCAAUUUCUCUGUUGGAUAUUAUUUUACAACGAAUGUGUAACUCUUUCUGGGUAAGCUUUCAAAAACCCUUACGUAGUAACCUAUUCAUGUCAAGAUUAGUCUUGCUACGGGAACUUGCAAUUUUUGGAGUAUUUGAUUCCUUCGAUUAGUUGGAUUUAUUCGUAUAUUGUUAUGGAUUUCCGUCUUAUCACUUCAGCUUGUUCGUUAGACGACCAACUUAUUUUGGUGAUUAAUUUGCAUAGUCAAAAAUUGUGUUUAUUCGGUUUCGUUAAAUCAUACGGACUUGCAGAAGACUAUAUCAAUUUAUUUGAUUUGUUUUGGUGAUGUAAUUAAAUUGAAAAGGAAAAAUGGAUGGCUCUGAUGUGUUUAGAAGCAUGAUAGCCUACACAUGCAUCUAGAACCUACUAGUAGUACUACUAGGAAAUGUUAAAAAGGUUUAAUAAAGGGUCGAGUUUUCAAUUUUGUGAAAAACUAGUAAAAUAACCUGAUUUUUGAAAAAGGAUUUUUAAAAUUUAUCUUUCGGUAUACCUAAGCAAGAUUAAUCUUGGAGGAAUUUUAAAAUAUAUCUUUCGGUAUAACUAAGCAAGAUUAAUCUUGGGCUUUUCAUAAGGUUAUUUGGAACCUAAUAUAUCAGCAAAAUGCAAAGCGAAUAUAUUACAACAAUUCUACAAUGUAGCAAAAAAAAAAAAGAAGUUAAGAAAUUAAAUAAUUUUGCUACCGAUUAUCAAAAGCAAAAAUGGUCGCUCAGCAGUCAGCAGUCAGAAGUCAUCUCACCACCAUGAAAUUAAAUCGUAGGAAAUCGAACGGCUGAGAUGUGUUUACCGUACAUAGAUACCCAGGACACGCACGCAGAGGAUCUCGUCGUGUUGGAAUGUAGAGAACUUGGUACGGAAAAAUUGCAAAAGAGGGAAGGCAAGAAGAGCAAAGGGCUUUUUCAUCUCUUCUUUCGUUUUCUCUCCAUAUUUUGUUAUUUCUUUCUCCGUCUGAUCGGUGUCGAUCGCUUUCUCCAUGGAGAAUCUCAGCUUUCGCGAUGGUAACAUCUUCAAUCUCCUCCAAACAAGGUCCAAGGAGCCAAGUCAUGACGUUGAUCAAAGAAUGCAAUUACACUCUUCCUUGGUUCGGAGACUUUCUCAGGAACAGGAAAUGGAGGGACAUGAAGGCUGUGUUAAUGCUAUUUCUUGGAACUCUAAUGGUUCAUUGUUGAUAUCUGGAUCAGAUGAUUUAAGGGUUAAUAUUUGGAAUUACUCCAGUCGAAAGCUUCUGCAUUCUGUAGAUACAGGACAUACAGCGAACAUAUUCUGUACAAAGUUUGUCCCUGAAACCUCUGACGAGCUUGUGGUAUCUGGUGCUGGAGAUGCUGAAGUUAGGCUAUUCAAUCUAUCCGGGUUAAGCGGUAGAGCAGAUGAUGACAAUGCUAUUGUACCAUCGGCACUGUACCAAUGUCACACGCGAAGAGUGAAAAAACUAGCUGUCGAACCUGGUAACCCCAAUGUUGUAUGGAGUGCUAGUGAAGAUGGGACUCUACGGCAGCAUGAUUUCCGGGAAUCUACCUCUUGUCCUCCUGCUGGAUCCGCUCACCAAGAUUGCCGCAGUGUUCUCCUUGACCUUCGAAGUGGUGCCAAAAGAGCACUAGCUGAUCCUCCUAAGCAAACUCUCUCCCUGAAGUCUUGCGAUAUAAGUGCCACAAGACCACACCUACUUCUCGUUGGUGGAAGUGAUGCAUUUGCUCGUUUGUACGAUAGAAGGAUGCUCCCACCAUUGACAUCAUGUCGGAAAAGGAUGCCUCCCCCUCCAUGUGUCAAUUAUUUCUGUCCCAUGCAUCUAUCUGAACGUGGGCGAACAAAUUUGCACCUAACUCAUGUUACGUUUAGUCCUAAUGGCGAAGAAGUUUUGCUCAGUUACAGCGGGGAGCAUGUGUACCUGAUGAAUGUAAAUAAUGGCACUGGGACCAUGCAAUACACACCAGGAGAUGUAACCAACUUGUUUUCUUUCAGUAACAUUCUCCACGAUGUAAAAUCUCCACCUCGGGUUUCCACCUCUCCUCAAAAUGGCUUUCACAGAAAUGGCAUUGCUACGACGUUAAAGAAGUGCACCGAAUUGGUAGAAAUUGCCAAAAGGUCUUUAGAAGAGGGUACAGAUGUUUUCUAUGCAAUCGAGGCAGCUAAUGAAGUUCUGGAUGCGCAUUAUAAUGAUAUUGAGUCCGCGCUAAGGCAUGAAUGCCUUUGUACUCGUGCCGCAUUGUUACUCAAGAGAAAGUGGAAGAAUGAUGCUCACAUGGCCGUAAGAGAUUGCCAAAACGCUCGGAGAAUCAAUGCUUCUUCUUUUAAAGCUCAUUACUACAUGUCGGAAGCAUUGCAGCAAUUGGGAAAAUGUAAAGAAGCUCUAGAAUUUGCGACUGCUGCGCAACAGUUGAACCCAUCAGAUGCCGAUAUAGUGGCAAAGGUGGAGAGCAUUAAAAGGGAUCUUCAAGCAGCUGGUGCCGAAAAAAAUGAAGAGCCAGAAGGUGGAACUGCUAGAGUACUUUCUUUGAGCGACAUACUAUAUAGAUCAGAAGCCAACAGUGACAGUUCACAUGACAUGUCGAGAUCCGAAAGAGAAGAAUCUGAUUAUGAUGAGGAGUUGGAGGUUGACAUUCAAACUUCCAUGUCGGAUGAUGAAGGACGAGAUCCAGACUCGAAUGCUAUGCGUGGCAGUCUAAAUCUAAGAAUUCAUAGAGUAGGGGAUGAUAAGCCCAUGGAAAAUACUGGGGAUAAUGCCUCAUCAGGAACUGCAUCGUCAUCUCAAAAUGAUAGAACCUCCUAUCAGCCAGAAGGAGCCAUUGAUAUGAAGCGUAGAUUCGUGGGCCACUGUAACGUUGGAACUGAUAUUAAGCAAGCCAGUUUUCUCGGUCAGAGAGGUGAAUAUAUUGCGAGUGGAAGCGAUGAUGGUAGGUGGUUUAUAUGGGAGAAACAGACGGGGAGACUUAUGAAAGUGCUUGUCGGUGACGAAGCAGUUGUGAACUGCAUUCAGUGCCAUCCGUUUGAUAGCGUUGUAGCAACUAGUGGAAUCGAUAACACAAUAAAGAUUUGGAGCCCCAUCGCAUCAGUCUCGUCGAUUGUAGCGGGUGGAUCAGCUGGGCCUGCGACGGCCAAUGUAGUGGAAGCAAUGGAGAGCAAUCAACAGAAGCUAAGCCGCAGUCGAGAGAACCCUCUGUCGGUGGAGCUUUUGCAGAGGUUUAGGAUGCAAGAGUUUGCAGAAGGAAACUUCCAUCCAUUUGAAUGUACUCAGAGCUGAAAAAGCAGGAGGAAACUGUAUAGAUAUAAAAAGCCUGCUUUGUGAAGGUGAUGCUUUGAAUAUGAAUAAACGAAUAAUAAAGAGUGUUGAUUAGGUUUCAAAUGUAGCAAAAGCUUUUCUCUCUGUAAAACUCAUGCACAGCUUCUUUAAGCUUUUCUUUAUUGUAUAGUUCGACAUUGGCUUCUUUUGACUGUAAGAAAUCAACCUUUUUUCU